AUGAGAUCGACGCGCGACAUGCUUAAACUUGAUUCGUGCAUUCGAACACUCCGAACCAGUGCUAUUAUCCGACAAGCAUCGCCAAGCUCAAAGCCGCCACCGAUGGCCUACAAUAUUUUUGACCGGGAGGCGAAGCGGCUUCAGCGAUCAAGAGCCGCUCUCAGGCGCCCUGUAAAUACCUCGGGCUCUGCAUAUGAGGAUAUGAGCCGGCGUGGCGAAAUGUCGCGGCUCACAGACUAUGUUCGAGAUAUUGGGGCGAUGAAUCUGGCGGAGCGACUGCUCGAUAUUCAACGGCCAUUUCCAACAGUCGUAGAGCUGGGUGCUGGUCCAGGACUUUUGCGGAGGCAUAUUGAUGCGGCUGGUGUAGGGAUUCAAAAACUAGUCAUGUGUGACAUGAGUGAAGAGCUGCUUUUCCGCGAUCGACAUCUCGAUAAGGACUAUCCCUUUGAGAUUGAUCGACGCAUUGUCGACGAAGAGAUGCUUCCAUUCGAAGAAAAUUCACUGGACUGCAUCGUUGCGUCUGGAAGCUUGCACUGGACAAAUGACCUGCCUGGUGCACUCAUCCAGAUCCAACGCGCACUCAAGCCAGACGGCGUGUUCCUUGGUUACUUGCUCGGUGGGGACUCGCUCUUUGAGCUCCGGACAAGCUUGAUGCUAGCUGAGCAAGAACGUCAAGGCGGUUUGUCUAUUCAUGUUUCACCCAUGACAGACUCACGCGAUAUAUCAUCACUCCUAACACGCGCCCAGUUCACGCUUCAAACCGUUGAUAUGGAUGAGCUCACAGUGCAUUAUCCAAGCAUGUUUGAACUCGUGCAGGAUCUUCGAGACAUGGGCGAGAACAAUGCUGUCAUCAAUCGACGGACAUACAUGCACCGGGAUACUUUCUUGGCAGCUGCAGCGACGUAUCAGGCACUGCAUGGAACACAAGAGGGACACAUCCCCGCCACAUUUGCUCAGAUCUUUAUGGUACGUGUGCCUAUGAAAGAAGGAUGA